AUGGCCGUGCCAGCGACAUCACCUACCGCCAUCGAGUGGCGAUCCAUCAUCCGGGCCUUCAGGACGCCCGACGUUUCAGUUCCAAUGUUCGCUGGACUUGAUCACGAGGAUCCGGAGACGUUCCUCAACCAGUGCGAAAGGUAUUUCGCAGAAGCAGCCAUCGAACCACUUCUUUGGUCACGGAUGGUGACCAAGUGCCUCACUGACCGAGCAGCAAAAUGGUACGAGGUGUACCGUGGGCUCUCACUGCCAUGGGCCAAAUUCCGGACGCUCACCACGCAGCACUUCGCCGGAGUAUCAGCGCGGAACAAGCUGCAUAUAAAGCUAUAUGCGAACAAGCAAGAGGAGAAGGAGGCUGUCGGUGUCUUCCUCCAGAAAAAGUACCUGCUGGCCCUGCGCAUGCUGCCAACCGCCAGCGAGGAGCAGAUAAUCGGCUUGCUCAUGGAGUCGCUCAAGCCGAGCAUCAGGAAAGUGUUGCGGGCCGCAACAAUGUCCUCCUUCGAGGAUCUGAUCGAGAGGGCUCUACAAGCGGAGUCUGACGAGGCCGACGAGACAUCGAAGAAGCCCACAGCCGCCAGAACCGCUGUGGCAACCAUCCAGCCAGCCGCCCCUGCCAGCGCCACGACUGCGCCACGUCCACGUCUGCAGUGCCAUCACUGCACCGGAGAACACUACGUUCGCAGCUGCCCUCAUCUCAAGACGUUUCCGGGAAACGGACCAGUUCGGGCGGCGGAAGCCGGCGCUCCCUCCGCCCAUGGCACCCCAGGCACACCCCAGUCCUGA